UUUUUUUUUCUCGCUAUAUUCAUUUAUUUCCAUAUUCCGAAAAAGGUAAACACAAUUCAUAAACAUAAAAAAAAAAAAUAAAUCUAGGAUUUUUUUUUUCUUCUAUUCAUUUCCUUCUUUCUUUCUUUUUCUUUAAUAAUAGUUACAUAUAAUGAACUGGACAGAUCUAUCCGAACCUACUAAUAUAAAUUAUCAAACUAUGACUGCUUUAGUGCCUUCAAUUGAUUCAACUGACCUUAACUUUCAGACACUACCUAUUACAGACCCUCAUAUAAAGUACCCAAUAUCCUAUAACACAAUACAAAAUCCAUCCACAUUUCCACUUCAAACAUCAACUCAACCUAGCUUAAACAGCAACUAUCCUUAUUCAAAUUUUGAUACAAGUUAUAAUAUUUCUAUCAAUCACAGCAGUAGCAGUAGCAGUAGCAGUAGUAGUAGUAGUAGUAGUGCAGAAGAAGAUGACACACAAAUCCAUAAAACAGCACGUCGCUCUGAUACAUCAAAACAAAAAAACACAACAACAUCAGAUACUGAAAAACGUAAAAACUUUCUUGAACGUAACCGGCAAGCGGCAUUAAAAUGUAGACAGAGAAAGAAAGAAUGGCUACGAAAUCUUCAGGAAAGAGUUGAAUUUCUAGUGAAUGAUAACGAACAAUUACAAUUACAAGCUAAUGUGAUGAAAGAUGAAGUAUUGAGUUUAAGAAGGAUGCUGAUGGCACAUAACGAAUGCCAUUUUAGUAGGAAUAAACCUGUUAUUAUGCCAACAACAAUAGCAAAUCCCUCUUUACAAUCAACAAUCAACUUUCCUCCAAAUCAUUAUAUUCCCUAGCCCAUCAUUUUAUUUACUAUAAAAAAAGAAAAAAAAACUGCACUACAUCUUUAUAUUUAAUAUUAUAUAAUUAUUCCCUCUUUAUAUACGCGUAUAAAAUAAAUCAUAAUACUUUUUAUUUAUUUUUUAUUUUUUAUUUUU